GCGUUUGAUGAAUGCGAUGUCGGUGAGAUGGUCACUGCGCGCCGGCGGUCUUUAUGGAUUACGUAUGACGUAGCAAUUCAACUGGCAGUGGACGGUAUCUGGUCAUCCGACGACGAGGCGAUGCUGACGUGACACCAUUGUUAUACUAGCCUAGCUCCUUUUCGGGCUCGCUCCGUUCGGUUCGGCCUGUGAUUAGCAGCCAGCACCCACGGCAAGUCGAAGCCCCCAUCGAGAGGUCGUCUGAUCGUCCCGCCUCAAGUGGACUAAGGUAAGAAAGGUAGGGUUUAUGGGGUUGAAGGAGUUUGCAAAUUCCUGCGCAGAGAACAAGGAACGUAUUCCGUGAAGCAGUCCUGGUUCUUGCGGAGAAAGAGAGAAACGCGUGCCGUGAAGGAAUCUGCACUGCUGCGGCGGAGGAAGAGAGGAAAGCGUUCCCUCGAGACGACAUCAUCGUGCGCCGCAUCAUCGCCAGUAGCAAUGCUGAUUGCAAGGAAACACGGAAGUAGACAUCGGUGCGCGUUGAAGGAUGAGGGGGAGGGCAGGGAUGCGGUAUUCGAAUCGUUCUGGUUUGCUCUGGUCUUCUAUUAUCCCUGCCUCUGUUGGUCUCUUUUGUGGUCAACGUUGAGCUAUUCGCGAGCCUGCGCCGUCAAAAAGGUGCCAUCAUCGUAACGAUAAGCCACCGACCUACCUUAAAACUCUGGUCCUGAUCGGGGGAUCAGGCAGAGUUAUGGUAGGUCGGCAUUGAUGUGUUGAUGCUAAUCGAGUUAUUGCAAAUAUCGAAAGGUGCACGGGAGUAGAUAAGAGGAAAGGCGCGGGUGCGGGGGAAAAGGGGAGCAGCAGGUGGCAGGCGCGGGUGCGGGGGGAUAAGGGGAGCAGCGGGUGGCAGGCGCGGGUGCGGGGGGAAAAGGGGAGCAGCAGGUGGCAGGCGCGGGUGCGUGGGGAGGGGGGAGCAGGUGGCAAGAGCAGGUUCGUGGCACCCAAGUGGAGGGAGGGGGAAGGGCGGCGUCAGGAGAGGGAGGACACUAGAGGUCUGAGGGUUGGGCGGCAAUCAGUGCAGAUGACUGUGGUCGAUGAAAGAGAGGUGAGGAGAAAAGGGGUUGGUUGGGUACUCGCCUUGGUGGAAAGGAGAGAAUUGAUCGGUAGAGAGAGAAGAGACGACAAAGAAGGCUGGACACGGCGGGAAGUAAAGUAGGGAAGGGACAUCGCUAGUCCUGCUAGUGCAGGUGGUGCAGAGCUUUAUGGGUGUUCUUGAGAAGGAAAGGAACGGAGGGAGUUGCCUCGUCCAUCAUCAUCCAACAGGUUGGACAACCAUCUGUGUGAGCAGGUGCUACACAGCUUUGUGCGGUAUGUAAAGGCUCGUGACGUGAUUGGAUCGACCGUUCUGCAUACGUGAAUUGAAACGAAAGUCUCUGAAUCAACAAAAGGAUGGAGUGAGGAAGGGAGGGACGGAAAAUGAUGGAUCGGCAUUUAAGAUGGAUGUUCCAAGUCCUGGCCACCUCUCUCAUCUCCAUCGCUCUGCUCCUUGGAACGACGAUCAAUUACCGUGAUGGCAUGCGUCCGAUGAUUGAUCCCAUUUCCGUCGGGGGGGGCUCCAUAAUGCCUGAGUCUCAUCAUCCGGACCAGCAGCGAGUGGCAAGCGCCAACGACCUCGGCGGCUUCGUUGAUAACUCUGCUUCCAAGGAGUUCUCUCCCUCUUUCUCGCCGGUCUCGACAUUCUCCUCUUCGCUGUCGACUUUGUCUCGUGACUCUUCUCACGUACCGCGGUCCGCUUCCCAUUCCUCCUCCUCCUCCUCCUCCUCUCCCUCCUCCUCCUCCUUUGUCUCGGGUGAUCGACGUGGCAUCAGCCUUGAUGGCCAUCUAGACGAGCCGCCUGUACUUGCAUACUUCUUGGGCGGGACCAAGGGUGAUGGAAAUCGGAUGAAGCGCCUGCUUCUUGCCCUGUACCAUCCACACAAUGAGUACCUGCUGCAUCUGGAUCGAGAAUCGCCGGCGGCAGAGAGACUGGAUUUGGCGCGCUUUGUCACUCUCCAUCCCACUUUUAUCCGCGUAGGAAACGUCCGCGUAAUCGUUAAUUCUAACCUUGUGACAUACCGCGGUCCGACGAUGAUCGCCACCACGCUGCAUGGCAUGGCCAUACUCCUUAAGGAGACGUCACGAUGGGAUUGGUUCAUCAACCUCAGCCCAUCGGACUACCCUUUGAUUACGCAGGACGACUUCCUGUACGUGUUGUCUUCCGUGCCGCGCGAUUUGAACUUCCUGGACCACAGCAGCGUUAUUCCGGACUGGAAAGAGGCGCAGCGUGUGCGUCCGAUCGUCGUCGAUCCCGCGAUCUAUCGACAGUCGAAGUCCGAUUUGUUCUUCACCACGCAAAGGCGAGCUACUCCCAACGCCUUCCGUCUCUUUCAGGGCUCAGCCUGGAUGAUGCUAAGCCGUAGUUUCUGUCAAUACCUAAUCUCUGGUUGGGACAAUCUGCCUAGACUGGCGCUCAUGUACUUUGCCAACGUGAUCUCUUCUCCGGAGUCCUACUUCCACACUGUCAUCUGCAACUCCAGAGAGUAUUUCAACACAACAGUCAAUUCCGAUCUGCACUACAUUGCUUGGGAUAACCCGCCCAAGCAGCACCCGUUGUCAUUGAAUUCCACGUUUUAUGAAGCGAUGAUCAAUUCCAGCGCUCCGUUUGCCAGGAAGUUUGAGGAGAACGAGCCGGUCUUAGACGCCAUAGACGCGCAGCAAUUGAGGGGGAGAAAGGAGGGGCAGUUCGUGGAAGGUGGUUGGUGUGGCGGGGGGAAAGGUGUCCGGCCCAGGGUGGAACGUAGGGGAGACGAUGGGGGUCGGGAAGGAGGCGGAGCGGCGGGGGGGGGAAAGGACGGCGGACCGAGGGCGUCGGAACGGUCUUCGGAUUCCUUCGCCGCUCGUCGAUGGCGGAGGGGAAAUGAUUUCGAUAUGGCUGCAACUGGUGUUGAAGGGGAAGAGGGAGAGGGAGGGGGAGGGGGAGAGGUAGCUGACCCUUGCCUGGCUGUAGGAGAUCCGACGGCGUUACAGCCGGGGGCAGGCGGCGUGAGGUUGGAGAAGCUGAUACUGGAGUUGCUUGGGCCGCAGGUUUUCAGACAACGGCAGUGUGUAUGACAACAGAGAGGAAGAUUCGCGGACGGUUUGUUUGUUUGUUUGUCCAUACAGAGAUGAAGAUUCGCGGACGGUUUGUUCGUUCGCGGAAGAUUGCGCAGAUCCUGGCUAGCGGCGGCCACGGUAUGCGUGCUAGAUCUGCUGUACUUCAGGGAAUAAGCUUGUGUGUUAUUCCCCACCCCUCGUAAUCGCGCACCUCGCCCUCUCCACGGGCCCAAGUUCUAAGUCUUCUUUUGCCUUGUUUCUUUGAUUUUGCUUUGUAGUCUCCUUCUUACCCUUCCAUCUGUACUAGUUUGAUGGACUGGACACUUGACUGGUGCUGUAUCUGUCUUAGAGCAAAGAAGAGGCACAACCGCAGCCGUUACCUGC